AUGAGAACAGAGCAGACAACGCGCAUUAGUUGCGAAGAUGAGAAACCAGCAGAUGAAGGCGCCACCCACGUUUCAGACAUCUCCAACAUAGACCAUACCGACACUCUCCAAGUUGCCCCCGAAGAUGGGUCAGGCGUUCAUGAGCGCAUGAGCUGGAAGCUCUUCCUACCACUGGUUACCAUGUCUUUUCUCUGGGUCGGCUCGCAGAUCCCACUGUACCUCUUUGGCAGCGUCAUACCGCUCAUCUACUCAGAUAUUGGCGGCUACGAUCGCUAUAUCUGGCUGGUCAUAGGCUAUCUUAUCCCCAACGCCGCCCUGUGUCCCUUCGUCGGCGCGUUGUCGGACAUGUUCGGCCGGCGCUCUGUUGCAAUCUGUGGACAAACUCUCUUGAUUCUCGGGCCUGUCGUCACAGCCACCGCAAAGGAAAUGAACAUUGCCAUUGCCGGCGAAGUAUUUUCCGGCCUCGGUGCCGGUUUGAACGAACUGAUUGCACUCGCGGGCACAGCAGAGAUGGUGCCAUACCAAAAGCGUGGAACUUAUAUUGGUGGCAUUGUCUUCACGAUCCUGCCAUUUUGCCCCUCUGUGCUCUGGGCACAAAUGAUCGCAAAGGCCUCGCACUGGCGGUACGUAGGUAUUGUCGUGGGCCUGUGGAAUUUCAUUGGUCUCGUGCUCGUUAUUUUCUUCUACAAGGGCCCCGCUGGACACACUUCUACCCGGAACAAGAUGGAAAUAGUGAGGGAAGUUGACUACAUUGGUGGCUUUCUAAGCACUGUGGGAGUGUUGUGUUUCAUGAUGGGCAUGCAGUGGGGUGCUCAGCAAUAUCCAUGGGACAGCGCGCAUGUGCUUGCACCGUUUAUUCUCGGAAUUGUCGGCAUCAUCGCCUUUUUCGUAUGGGAGGUGAAGUUUGCCCCGUAUCCCAUGGUCCCUGCGAAGCUUUUCUCCAAGGAUAAGCGGACGAUGACAGCCAUCCUGCUUGUUACGUUCUGGAGCGGCGGCAACUACUUUGUCCUUCUACUCCUCUGGCCGACUCAGUGCUAUAACGUCUAG